CGCUGUUCGGUCUGUGUCGGUGUCCUCAUCGAGAGUGGCUGCGGAGGGAGCGAAGGAGAGCUCCCCGCUGACGCUUGUCUGUACGUUUUCUUCGAGAUUUUUUUUUUAAUUUUUUACCUUUUCAAAGUGUUUUUUAUUCCUCAAAACUCAAGUGGAAGGAUUAAUUGCAUCGACAAGGACCAGGAAGCUGUGUUGGCUGUGGUUUGAGAAAGGAACAUGGCUUCCCAGGCUGAUCUGAUGGAGCUGGACAUGGCCAUGGAGCCUGACCGUAAAGCAGCAGUCAGCCACUGGCAGCAACAGUCCUACCUGGAUUCAGGCAUCCACUCAGGAGCCACCACAACUGCCCCCUCCCUCAGUGGGAAGGGCAAUCCUGAGGAAGACGAUAUGGAAAACCAGGUCAUGUAUGACUGGGAGCAGGGCUUCAACCAGAACUUCUCCCAGGACCAAGUACAAGACAUAGACGGUCAGUACGCCAUGACACGUGCACAGAGGGUGCGUGCAGCAAUGUUCCCAGAGACACUUGAGGAGGGCAUGCAGAUCCCCUCCACACAGUACGAUGCUGCAAACCCCACUAACGUUCAGAGACUGGCAGAACCAUCGCAGAUGCUCAAGCAUGCUGUGGUCAACCUGAUCAACUAUCAGGAUGAUGCAGAGCUCGCAACCAGAGCCAUACCAGAACUCACCAAACUCCUCAACGAUGAGGACCAGGUUGUUGUCAACAAAGCAGCAGUAAUGGUCCAUCAGCUUUCGAAGAAAGAAGCUUCUCGUCAUGCCAUCAUGCGCUCCCCUCAAAUGGUGUCUGCGAUCGUCAGGACCAUGCAGAACACGAACGACGUGGAGACGGCUCGCUGCACUGCAGGGACGCUGCACAACCUUUCCCAUCACAGAGAAGGCCUGCUGGCCAUCUUCAAGUCUGGAGGAAUUCCUGCUCUGGUUAAAAUGCUGGGUUCUCCGGUGGAUUCUGUCCUGUUCUAUGCCAUCACCACCCUCCACAACCUCCUGCUGCACCAGGAAGGAGCCAAGAUGGCCGUCCGUUUAGCUGGAGGUCUACAGAAAAUGGUGGCUCUGCUCAACAAAACCAAUGUCAAGUUCCUGGCUAUCACCACUGACUGUCUACAGAUACUGGCCUAUGGCAACCAGGAAAGCAAGUUGAUCAUCCUGGCAAGUGGUGGUCCUCAAGCACUGGUCAACAUAAUGAGGACUUACACUUAUGAGAAGCUGUUGUGGACCACAAGUCGUGUCCUCAAAGUUCUGUCUGUGUGCUCCAGCAACAAACCCGCCAUCGUAGAAGCCGGAGGUAUGCAGGCUCUGGGACUCCACCUGACAGACCCCAGCCAGAGACUGGUCCAGAACUGUCUCUGGACUCUCAGGAACUUGUCGGAUGCUGCCACCAAACAGGAAGGAAUGGAGGGUCUUCUGGGAACUCUGGUUCAGCUGCUCGGCAGUGACGACAUCAACGUGGUAACCUGUGCUGCCGGCAUCCUGUCCAAUCUGACCUGCAACAACUACAAGAACAAAAUGAUGGUCUGCCAGGUUGGAGGUAUUGAGGCGUUAGUUCGCACGGUUCUACGAGCCGGAGACAGAGAAGACAUCACAGAGCCAGCCAUCUGUGCCCUGCGUCACCUCACAUCUCGACACCAGGAUGCAGAGAUGGCGCAGAAUGCUGUCCGGCUGCACUACGGCCUGCCUGUGGUGGUUAAGUUACUUCAUCCACCCUCACACUGGCCACUCAUAAAGGCUACAGUCGGUCUAAUUCGCAACCUGGCUCUGUGCCCUGCAAACCAUGCUCCACUGAGGGAGCAGGGGGCCAUCCCCAGACUGGUCCAGCUGCUGGUGAGAGCCCAUCAAGACACUCAGAGACGCACCAGCAUGGGAGGCACCCAGCAGCAGUUUGUGGAGGGAGUUCGAAUGGAGGAGAUUGUGGAGGGCUGCACAGGAGCGCUUCAUAUCCUAGCUAGAGACCUCCACAACAGAGUGGUCAUCAGAGGGCUCAACACCAUUCCACUCUUUGUACAGCUGUUGUAUUCUCCUAUUGAGAACAUCCAGCGUGUAGCAGCAGGAGUUCUGUGUGAGCUGGCCCAGGAUAAAGAGGUCGCAGACGCCAUCGAGGCCGAGGGGGCCAGUGCCCCCCUCACAGAGCUGCUCCACAGCCGCAACGAAGGCGUUGCAACAUACGCUGCAGCAGUUUUGUUCCGAAUGUCCGAGGACAAACCCCAAGACUACAAGAAACGUCUCUCUGUUGAACUCACCAGCUCGCUCUUCAGGACAGAAGCAAUGUCCUGGAACGAUACUGGAGACUUGGGUUUGGACAUUGGAGCACAGGGGGAGCCGCUCGGCUACAGACCAGAGGACCCAAGUUACCGUUCCUUCCACUCGGGGGGUUACGGCGGGGACUCCAUGGGUAUGGAGCCCAUGAUGGACCAUGAUCUUGGUGGAGGUCACCACCCAGGCCAGGACUACCCCCCUGUAGAAGGGCUGCCUGACCUGGGACAUGCCCAGGAACUGAUAGAGGGUCUGCCACCCGGUGACUCGAACCAACUGGCCUGGUUUGAUACCGACCUGUAAAUAACAUUACACUACACUUUCUACUAGCUGUACCAUGUGAUCCAGAUGAACCUGCAUCGUGAUUCGCCCAUAUGGAGGAGGAGGCGGGGUUUCAGAAAGUGCCUGAAGAUGACUCAACAACAACAACAAGCAGAGCUUCCUGUCUGCAGGAACUCCAGUGGGACAAAGUAGAUUUUAGUGCGGUUCACUUCUGCUCUCUCAGCUUCAUCUGGGGCGGACAUUCAGUAAAUCCUGACAUGAGAUCUUCAUCAUCAACUGUCAACAACCCUUUUUAUUCUUUUUUUUUUCCACAUUACUACUACUUUUGGUUAACUUUUUUUCCUUUAAAUCUGUAAUGGUACAAACUGAAUCGAGCUUAUUUCUCCUCAUUUUUCUGCGUUAUGAUGCUCCUUUCUUGGUUUUUCUAAGUCCUUGGAUUUUUAAGUCUCCUAUAGUGUUAAACUUUUUUUUAGUGGUGAUGCUUCAUCCAAGUACAGAAGUGGAUGGGAUUUUGAACGGUGUCCAAACACUAAAGGUUGAAAUGUAUUCUGAUGACCGAGUGUAACAUUGUGUAGCUUUUGUAUAAAAAAAAACAUGAAUUGGAAAUCAUGAUCCAAAUAUUGAGCUAUUUUCUUGCUUUAAAAGGAGGAGACUGAUGUCUCUGCUGUUCCAAAGGGUGGGUGGGGGGAGGGGGUCUUAAAGGGCAGGGGUGGAGAUGUGCUCCUAUUGGUCUGCUGUUACUAAGGGGUGAAGAAGUGGAAGGCGCUGGUUGCUGUAGCCUGCUGUGUUCUGAAAUAAUAAAAUGAACCGUCAUUUCACC